AUGGGAGAACUUAAGAGUAGAGGCACUCUAAUUAAGCCUAUUCCUCUAAGAGCUCAAGCUAUGUCCUCUCAACCAUGGCGAAAACCCUCCAAUCCACUUCAUAAACUUGCCACCAUUCCAGAAAAUGAUGUUAUUCUUACUGAGGAAAACUCUGGUAAUGGAGAUCGCAACACUUCCAAUGAAGCCCUAGCAAACAUCCAGGAAAAAAUGGAAAACAAGUUUAAAAGAUCGAGAUUGAAGAAAGUUGCUUACGUUGAGGAGUUGGAAAAUGAAUUGAGAUUGUACGAGAGGAAGAAGGAGAUUGUGAAUGGACAAAUUGCAGAGCAACGAAAGAAGCAGGUGUUGUUGCAAAUUGAGCAUCAUUCAUUGAGGUUCCAUGUGGCUGCUCGUGAAAAGCAAAGAAUUCUUCAAGAAGCCGAGAUUGAAAAGAACAGAGCAGAAGUGGAUAGGAUGUUGGAAGUGCAAAGGAGAAUGAUUAACUUGACAUCGUUGCAGCUUGUGACCAAUUCCAACCUUAACCCUUCACCCUUCGCAGGAUUGAAUGCCACAAACUGA